CCUUCACUUGCAUUCUGAGCCAAGGUCGUGGGAUUCGAAACAUUCCAAUGGCUAUCAAGACGCUAUUUGGUGUAGUUUUAUUUUUGUUAUUAGGUGUAGGUAUCUGUUCCGCCACUAGAGCUCUCCUCACUUUUGAUGAAGUAGCUUCUCACCUUCCAGGUGUUGGACAUGGUGGUGGCACCGUUUCUGUACAUGGUGCUAGCCUCAUUGGAGGAGGUGGAGGCGGUUCAGGAGGUGGCAGUGGUAGUGCCUAUGCAGAUGUAGGAGGAGCUAUUGGAUAUGGAGGUGGUAGUGGUGGUGGUAGCGGAGAAGGUAGUGGUGCUGGUUAUGGAGGAGUUGGUGGACAUGGAGGUGGUGGUGGCAAUGGUGGCGGUGGAGGUAAUGCGGGUGGAGCUUCUGGCUAUGGAAGCGGAGGUGGUGAAGGAGGUGGAGCUGGUAGUGGUGCUGGGUUUGGCGGAGCCGGUGGACAUGGGGGUGGUGGUGGCAAUGGUGGCGGUGGAGGUAGUGCGAGUGGAGCUUCUGGAUAUGGUAGUGGAGGUGGCGAAGGAGGUGGAGCUGGUAGUGGUGCUGGGUUUGGCGGAGCCGGUGGACAUGGGGGUGGUGGUGGCAAUGGUGGCGGUGGAGGUAGUGCAGGUGGAGCUUUUGGAUAUGGUAGUGGAGGUGGAGCUGGUAAUGGUGCUGGGUAUGGCGGAGGUGGUGGACAUGGAGGUGGUGGUGGCAAUGGUGGUGGCGGAGGUAGUGUAGGUGGAGCUUCUGGAUACGGAAGCGGAGGUGGUGAAGGAGGUGGAGCUGGCAGUGGUGUUGGGAAUGGAGGAGCGGGUGGACAUGGAGGUGGUGGUGGCAAUGGUGGCGGUGGAGGUAAUGCGGGUGGAGCUUCUGGCUAUGGAAGCGGAGGUGGUGAAGGAGGUGGAGCUGGUAGUGGUGCUGGGUAUGGAGGAGCUGGUGGACAUGGUGGUGGUGGUGGUGGUGGCGGUGGUGGUGGUAAUGGUGGUGGUGGAGGUAGUGCAGGUGGAGCUUCUGGUUACGGAAGUGGAGGUGGAGAAGGAGCUGGCUCUGGGUAUGGUGCUGGUGGUGUUGGUUCAGGAGGUGGUGGUGGUGGUGGUGGUGGUGGUGGGAGUGGAGGUGGUGGAGAAGGAUAUGGCGCUGGAGGGGCACAUGGAGGUGGAUAUGGUAGUGGAGAAGGAGCCGGAGGAGGUUCUGGUGGUGGUGCAAGUGGUCAUGGUGGCGGUGGCGGCUCUGGUGGUGGAGGUGGUGGUGGAUAUGGUGCGGGAGGUGCACAUGGCGGAGGCUAUGGAAGUGGUAGUGGGGGUGGCAAGGGUGGUGGCUAUGGUGAUGGCUAUUACCGUUGAAAGUACCUUGUUACUGUUACAAUAUCCUAAGAGUAUGAAUUUUCUUACUACUAUUAUUAACAAAAAUAAAAGCAAUUUGGGUAAGAAAAUGCUCAUAGUUAAAGGUAUUGCAGCAAACUUCGGAAGCCGAAUGGAUGGUUUAAGAAGUUUGUAUCAUAUGAAACUCAUAUGAAUUCAUCUUUUCCUAGUCAUUUCAGUUAUAUACCAAGUAUAUGGUUCUUAUGCA